AUGCAAGACCACGCCGGAUCCUCGCCGCAGGGCCACCCCUACUUCCCCCAGGACGCCAUCAUCCCGGGGUAUGCGCCAAAUAGCACGCCUCUCUUGGGCAUUCUGGCGGCCUUUGGCGGUAUCAUUGGCGUGUUUGUGCUCGGCUGUGUUGCUCUUGCGACGUGGUAUAGCCCGGCGCUGAAAAGGGCAGACCAGUUGACCGUCGCCUGGUUUGCGCUGUGCGGCUUCCUCCACCUCUUCUUCGAGGGCUACUUCGUCCUCAACCACGCCACCAUCGCCUCCUCCCAGUCCCUCUUCGCGCAGCUCUGGAAAGAAUACGCCCUCUCGGACUCGCGCUACCUCACCUCCGACCCCUUUAUGCUUUGCAUCGAGUCCCUGACCGUGCUAACCUGGGCGCCCCUCUCCCUGCUCACCGCCCUCCUCACGGCCCGCAACAACCCGCGCGAGCAAGGCGCGCGCCACCUAUUACAGACGGUAGUCUGUGUCGGCCACCUGUACGGCGUGGCGCUGUACUACGGCACGUGCGGGUUCGCCGAGCACAUGCGCGGCCUCUCGUACAGCCGGCCCGAGGUCAUGUACUACUGGGUGUACUAUGCGGGCAUGAACGCGCCGUGGGCGGUCGUGCCGGGUCUGCUGCUUUGGAGGAGCUGGGGGGCGGUUCAAGCUGCUUUUGGGGAUGUUGCGAGGAGAGAGGAGGGCAGGAAGCGGUUGUGA